AUGCGUAUUGGAUUUAUUGGUGCUGGUAAGAUGGCUCAAGCAUUAGCUAAAGGAUUAAUAACAAGUGGAAGAUAUGAAGCAGCUAAUAUUAUUGCUUCAAGUCCAAAAGUAGAUAAUAAAGUUCUUGAUGAAUGUAAAUCACUUGGUGUUAAUACUACAUAUGAUAAUACUGAAGUCAUUGAAUGUUCUGAUGUUAUUUUUGUUGCUGUUAAACCUGGUAAUGUAUCAAAAGUUGCUGCUGAAAUUGCUCCAGUUUUUGAAAGAAAAAAACUUCUUGUCUCAAUUGCUUUAGGUAUUACUAUAAGAAAUAUUGAAAAUUUAUUACCACCAAAAAGUCGUGUAGUACGUGUUAUGCCAAAUACACCAUGUCUUGUUGGUGCUGGAGCUUCUGCUUUUUCAAUGGGUUCAGCUUGUUAUGAUGGUGAUUCAACAUUAGUACAAGAUUUAUUAUCAACUGUUGGAUAUGCUGUUGAGGUACCUGAAAUUUUAAUUGACCCUGUCACUGGUCUUAGUGGUAGUGGUCCAUCAUAUAUGUUCUCUGUCAUAGAAGGUUUAGCAGAUGGUGGUGUAAAAAUGGGUAUUCCUCGUGAUUUGUCAAUACGUCUUGCAGCACAUACCUUACUUGGUGCUUCUAAAAUGGUUCUUGAAACUGGAAUACAUCCAGCUAUUCUUAAAGAAGCUGUUCAAUCACCAGCAGGUUCUAGUGUCUAUGGUAUUCAUGAAAUAGAAAAAGGAAAUUUAAAAGCAACAUUAAUUAGUGCUGUUGAAGCUGCUACUAAUCGUUCCCGAGCAACUGGAAGUGAUAAUCUUCCUAGACAAUCAAUGAUAAUGAGGGGAAAUGUAUAUGAUUCAUCAACAUACACCAAAUUACAUGAAACCCAGAAAUUAAAUAAUACCGAUAUAUUAACAAGUGCUGCUAGAAAAUAA